AACUGCUAAAAAAAUACAUACAGAAACAUUUGUUCAGGAUCAACUGUAGGGUACAGAUGUGUGUGAUUUUUCUGUAAUACUUUUACAAGUGAGUUUGCAGGUAGUUAUAAAAGUGUGAAUUUGAGAUUGUGUUGUAAUUUGGCAAGAAAAAGAACUGGAGGCAAUUGAUCCAUUUUUAAGAAUUGAAUUAAUGAGAAAGAAAUUAAUUGUUUCCAUUAGUGUUUUGAAAAACUAUUUGGCUCAUUCCGGUGAUUGUCGUGCACAUUUAUAUUGUGAAACCAAUAAAAUUCUUCCUUUGGAAAAAGUUCCAGUGGAAAUUGUCUAUGUUUUUCUC